AUGCCAGCUAAAGUUGCUCUCGUCGGUGGAAGCGGCAAUCUCGGCCCUGCUGUUCUCAACCAACUGCUCGAGGCUGGAUUCGACGUGACAGUUUUGUCUCGUCAAGACAGCGACAAGACCUUUGACACAAGAGCCAAGGUCGCAAAGGUCGACUAUGAGUCCCUCGACUCACUCAAGAACGCCCUCGCUGGCCAGGAUGUCGUCGUCAGCACACUCGGCGUGGGCCCAGUGCCACGAGCCACUCACCUUCGUCUCGUUGACGCUGCUGUCGCCGCUGGAGUGAAGCGUUUCAUCCCCUCCGAGUACGGAUGCGACACAACACACCCCAAUGUUGCCAAGCUUCCCGUCUUUGGCGACAAGGUUGCCGUCCAGGAACAUCUUAAGAAGGCCAAUGAGGAAUCUGGUCUGACUUACUCGUUCCUCAUUACUGGCCCCUUCCUCGACUGGGGUCUCAACGUUGGGUUCUUGAUUAACCUUGCCGGCCCUGUUACAACCCUGUAUGAUGGCGGCGAGCAAGAGUUCAGCACCACCACUCUCGCCGAUGUUGGUCGCGGAGUUGCUGGAAUCAUUAACAACCUCGCGGAGACCGAAAACAAGACUGUCUACAUCAGCUCGGCCGUUGUUUCGCAGAAGCAGCUGUUGGCUCUGUCUGGCAAGAGUCUUGAGACGAAGUCGAUUGCGACAAUUGAUUUGGAAAAGCAGGGAUAUGAAGAGUUAAGCAAGCCGGUUCCUAACCCAGCAAUCUUUGCUCAUCUUUUCCUUUUCCGGGGUAUCUUUGGUGAUGGGUUCGGAAACCGCUUCGAUUCCGAGAAGCUGUCUAACAAGGCAUUUGGUUUGAAGACUUUGUCUGAAGAUGACAUCCGCGGUCUCUUCAACUGA